UCUGGCCCUGCAUUGAUUUAUUUCAAAGUAUUUUGACAGCCAUCAGUUUUGAUCCAUCUAAGGUGUCAUCUCAACUAGGAGGUCUAGAUUUAUUCCAAGCCGGUGAUAAAGAAUAUCCGUCGGGCAGAAGCGUAGUUGACGUUUGUGGUGAUAUAGACGAGACCUACUCCCGAUAUAAUAUCAAACAAAUGCAAAGGCUACUCCAGUAUCCCUAUAAUGAUAUCGAGUUCCCUGCCGAAGGCUCCAGUGAACAAAUGUGUGGGUCAGUAACCAGACGCUGUGUCCAAGAUACCGCGUAUAGCUUCUCCACUGAUCCAUUACGAUGGCUAAGCAGUAGGAUGAUGAUACCGAGACUUGCCUUAAGACUUUACACUUUCUUCCUUUACCUAACGGAAGCCAAUAUCAUCGAUCCGUGCUGUGAUUCAUUCAAAUAUUGUAAAGGAGUCUGCAUACAUGAGGACAUGGUGUGUGAAGGUAACUUCUCUACUAAAACUCUGUAGUACGAAUACAUCUGUAACCAUUCAUUCACACAUAUAUCCUACAACGUAACAUGAUAAUUUACCUGACAUUUAUUAUAGGUCAUAUCCCUUUGUUUAACGUUUAAUGUUUUAUGAAA